GAAAAAUUAGAAAAGAAGAAGAACAAUGAAGAGCUUGAAAAAUGCUUUACACACACUUUCUCUAACACCGAAAAAGGAAGUAAAUCAGCCCUAGAAACUACUACAUGCCCUAAUAGAGCCAAAUCUCCUCUAAGAUCAAAGAAAAGAAAGAAGAAAAAUCUAAAGGAGGCUUACUCCAAGCUGCUCAAGCAAGAGUACUACAAUAAGUACAAAGAUGGGGAGAACUCGUGCCAUGAGAUCCUUGAGGAAGAGGAAAGUAAAAUAUUCUCGCAAGUAUGAUUAGAUGGACACUCGGAGGUAUAGAUAUGGAUUAUAAGGAAGUUAAGUCAUCGAAGAAUGGGUGGGAGAACCAGCCUGUACAGGAGUACUUAGAGACCUCCCUUAACUCCCUUGAGAAAAUAAGUGAGCAUUCAGAGUGGAUUAAAUAAAAUGAGAGUUCACCUGAAAAAUAUCAAAGAUAAUAUUGGGCUAGAAUUUAAGUCUGAGUUCUUACUCUCAGACCUGACUAAUGAGGAAGAAUUUAAAGUACCAGCACCACCAAUGCAGACAAAGAUAGGGAAAAGGAAGUCUGAGGGGAAGACAUCGAGGACUAAAGCAGACUCUUUUAAAAAUAAGAUGAAGUACACAGCAAAAGAAAUGUCAAGCAAGCAUAAAAAGAAGACUCAUUCAAUAAAAACACCUGUAAAGUCUUCUUUCGCACAAGAUCCGAUUGAUGAAUCAGGUUACGCCGCUUUGUGCCUCCAAGAUGACGAUUUUAAGUCUAAACUUGAGCUUAUCAGAAACCAGUUGCAAAAAUAGCUCUCACCCAAUCAACCAGUUUUUGACUUUGUUUAACUAUGAGUUCUCAGAUUAUUAUAAGCAGUACUUGGGUUUUGACAAGGACAGUGGGGUGGCUCUCACUGAAGAAGACACCACAGAUAUCUGAGACUCAGCCAUCACAGAUCUUCUCAAUAUCAUCAAUUUGACACUCAUCGUUGUGAUUAAGUUCUACUCGUUAAAGUUAAAACAACAAGAAUGAUGGAAAGAUAUUCUUCUAAAUAUGAUCACUGGCUUUGUCCUCAGAGGGAACACAUAUUCAACUGCUUACAAUCUUCUUUGCCAAAAGCUAAAACCAACUUUAUACAAAAUUCAAAAUGUGAUGGAACAGCUACACCUGCUGAUUGGUCCUCAAGAGUUUGGGGUUGAACCUGAAAUAGCUGUAGAUUUGGUGCAGAAGAAGGCUGAAGCUCCUGAAAAUUACACUAAAGUUUGUUUCCCUCACCAGCCGUAUUCACAUUUCAUCGACCCAUUCGUUAAGCUGACCAAGACAGAGAGCAUCAUCUGUAAGCUAGAAUAUGUGUAUCAGCUAAUGACGAAGUAUCUCUCUGUGAAUAAGGAUAUCUUCAUAGAUGCGGAUAACCUACAAGGACUGAUCAGGUAUAUCGUAGUGCAAGCAAACUCACCAAAUAUCUUGAUAGACGUGCUCCUCUGAGAACAGUUCUCACCUGAUUCGAUCAAAAUGACCAACAGACAGUAUUAUGUCAACCUUAUCGAGGAAGCAUUCAGAUUUCUAGAAGGUCUAAGUCCUUCACAGAUUUCAAAAAUGCAAUCUGGGUGUAUCUCUAGGCUCAAGAAGGAAACAGAAGCUGGAUGAUAUCACGAAUCCUUCCUAUUGGAUGAUAUCAUUGGUCAGGAGACACUUAACCAAGAUUUAAGGACAUCUAUUCUUAGGAACAGCUGUAAGAGCCCUGAGGAAGUCCUGGACAAAAGCUCCAUUAUUAUACAGGAAGAAAUCAAAGAAAUUACCGAAAAUUAUAUAGAAAAUAGUAUGAAAUCUAGUAUGAAUAAUUCCUUCACCUUUAACUUCCUUGACCUCAACUGGAAUUUCUAUGAAGAUGACAAACAAGAGCCGAAGAAUGAGGAGUUCAAGAUUAAGAAGGAAGAAGAUCAAGAUAACCUGAUACUGAGCCGUAAGAGCAAGGGACUUUAUCAUGUUAAUCCCUUUAAAGAAAGCAUCUAUAGAGCAAAUAGCUUGAAUUCUCAAAAAUGUCAGGAAACGCUCGAAACCUCAACUGAUCUCAAGAAAGCAGAUAGCUCAAAAAGGCCUCGUACCCAAGACCUUGACGAGAAUGGCUUCUUUAGCUCUUCAAGAGAAGAUCAGAUAACUUACGAAUCUAAGAAGGAGAACCUGACUUUUGUAGAGGAGAGGAGCCUGCUCUUUGAAAAUAUAGUUGAAGAUUAUUUCAGCUUUAAAUAA